AAUUUCACACUUAUAGUUAUCUUUCUAUUAAAGACUUUUUACUCAUCAAUUGCUUUGAAUUUAAGUUGAAGUACUUUAUACUAAUGCUUUAUCAUCACAUCUGGUCCAUCUACUCUGCCAAUAAUAACCAUUCUCUGUGACAUAUAUAAAGAGAACCUUAUUGCCACAUUUCUCACCAUCCAACUCAAAACUUUCCUAAUUUCUAGCCAUAUUUUUAUAACCAUGUCACCAACAAAUUGGUCAAUUUUGGUCAUUUUGUAUUGUGCCAUCUCAUUUACCUUUGCUUCUGAUCCUGAUACACUUCAAGACCUUUGUGUAGCUCUUCCCUCUUCAGGUGUUAAGGUGAAUGGAUUUGCAUGCAAACCAGAGACAAAUAUAACAGCAGAAGAUUUCUUUUUUGAUGGUUUAGCAAAUCCUAAAGCAAUCAACAACACAGUAGGAUCUUUGGUAACUGCAGCAAAUGUUGAAAAAAUUUCAGGCCUUAACACAUUAGGAGUAUCUUUAUCAAGAAUAGAUUACAAACCUAAAGGUCUUAAUCCACCACAUACACACCCUCGUGCAACUGAAAUUGUUUUUGUGUUAGAAGGUGAAUUAGAUGUAGGUUUUAUCACUACAUCAAACAAACUCAUUGCUAAGUCUAUAAAAAAGGGUGAAAUCUUUGUUUUUCCAAAAGGGUUAGUGCAUUAUCAGAAGAAUAAUGGUGAUAAAGCUUCUUCUGUGAUUUCUGCUUUUAACAGUCAACUUCCUGGUACUUUGUCAAUAGCUUCAGCUUUGUUUGGUUCAACACCAACUGUUCCUGAUGAUGUUCUUGCUCAGGCUUUUCAGAUUGAUACUAAACUUGUUGAUCAAGUAAAGACCAAACUUGCUCCUAAGAAGAGUACUUAAUUUAUUAUGAUUAUGAUAUUCAAGAGAGGAAAAAUGUUUAUGUUUUCAACUAAAUUUUGAUAUUAUUUUGAGAUUUAAAUAAUAAUUGUUGAAGGGUUUUGAUUAUUAUUGUAUUUGUACUACUACCAUUUAUGGUGUGACAUUUUGCUAAUAAUUGUAUUGAAGAUUAUAGUAUAUGUGUUGAUGAUGAUAAUAAUGCAAAAUUUAUGAAUUGAUUAA